AUGGCAUCUAAGGAUAUCGAGGCAUUUGACGACUUGGAACCGAAAACCACGGUGUCAGUGGCCGGUGGUGCGGAUUUGAAGGCCUACAAUGACCGGCGCAAUGUCGGUACUCUGCGGCGAAAACUCAAGUCCCGACACGUGCAAUUCCUUGCCCUGUCAGGAGCCAUUGGGACUGGUCUCUUCGUCAGCAGCGGACAGACUCUUUCGUUGGCUGGCCCGCUGUCUGCUGUUUUGGCAUACCUGAUUACAGGCUUCAACCUGUAUGCCGUUAUAAACAGCAUGGGCGAGAUGGCCACAUGGCUCCCACUUCCCGGUGCGGUCCCCGUCUAUGCCGCCCGAUAUGUCGACCCAGCUCUCGGCUUCACUCUUGGAUGGAACUACUGGUAUCAGUUCGCCAUUGGAGUCCCUAUCGAAAUCAGUGCUGCGGCGCUGAUUAUUGACUAUUGGCCAAACGGCGUCCCGACCGCCGUCUGGAUCACCAUUCUUCUUGUUGCAGUUAUCACUAUCAACUUGCUUCCUGUCAAGAUAUACGGAGAAGUCGAGUUUACUCUAGGAGCAAUAAAAAUAACCACCAUUUGUGGUCUCAUCCUCCUCAUGUUAAUUACUACCCUUGGCGGUACCCCGAGUCAUGAUCGCAUCGGAUUCCGCUACUGGAAAACCCCCGGUCCAAUGCUGGGAUACCUUGAACCGGGUGCACUCGGGCGGUUCCUUGCAUUUUUCAAAGUUUUCAUAAGCGCAACAUUUGCCUAUGGGGGAAGUGAAAUGGUCGUUGUUGCUGCGGGCGAGACUGAGAACCCUCGGCGCAACAUCCCCAAGGCCGUACGCAGGGUAUUUUGGCGUAUUGCCAUUUUUUAUGUCCUGAGUAUUUUCCUUGUAGGAUUGUGCGUUUCUGCCAAGGACAAACAUCUGUUGAAUGCUAUCAACGAUGGCUCACCCGGUGUCGCUGCAAGUCCGUUUGUUAUUGCCAUGCAAAACGGAGGCAUCAAGGUUCUUCCCUCUAUCAUCAAUGCUAUCGUGCUUAGCUCUGCAUUUUCGGCUGGCAACUCUUUUUUCUAUGCUUCCACUCGAGUCUUAUACGCCACUGCUCUGGAUGGGAAAGCACCUAGCUUCUUGAAAUUCGAGAAAUUCGGCGUUCCAUAUGCCUGCGUUGGAAUAACUACCGCUUUGAGUUUACUGGUCUACCUCAAUGUUAGCUCCAAUUCAGCAGAUGUCUUUUUCUGGAUUAGCAACCUUAGUUCGGUCAGCACGCUGGUCGUUUGGACUUCGAUUUCAAUCACUUACAUUCGGUUCCAUAAAGGGAUGAAAUACCACGGGAUACCUCGCUCUUCGCUCCCAUUCCGCGCACCGUUCCAGCCCUAUCUUGCUUGGUUUUCAUGCCUGUUCUCGUCAACAGUGGCCUUCUUUAACGGCUUUGAUUGCUUUUUCCCUGGGAAAUUCGGUGCUAAAUCGUUUAUUCCGCCGUACAUUGACAUACCAAUUUUUGCCUGUCUAUUUCUCGGCUACAAAAUCAUUUACAGAACCAAGUUUGUCAAAUUGGAGGAGAUGGAUUUCUUCUCUGGCAAAGAGGAGGCAGAUCAGUUAGAAGAAACAUGGGAGGAGCCUAAACCGAGGAAUGUCCUAGAGCGAAUGUGGUUCUGGAUUGCUUGA